AUGGUUCUGACUGCACAGAGGAGACUUUUCAAAGAGUUCCAACAACUUAGUAGAGAUCCUCCACCAGGAAUUGUUGCAGGACCUAUUAGUGAUGAUGAUUUGUUCAAAUGGGAAUGUUUAGUAGAAGGACCUUCUGAUACUCCAUAUGAAAAUGGUGUAUUUCCAGCAAUUUUAAGCUUCCCAACAGAUUAUCCAUUAGGACCACCAGUUCUCAAAUUUGAUCCUCCACUUCUUCACCCUAACAUUUAUGCUGAUGGAACAGUUUGUAUAUCUAUUUUACAUCCUCCAGGUGAAGAUCCAAAUCAAUACGAGCGCCCAGAAGAAAGAUGGUCACCAGUACAAAGUGUGGAAAAGAUCUUAUUGAGUGUCAUUUCAAUGUUGGCCGAACCUAAUCCAGAAAGCGGUGCUAAUAUUGAUGCUUGUAAGCUUUGGAGAGAUGACAGAAUUGAGUAUAAUAAACAGAUUCGUGAUCACGUGACCAAGUCACUUGGAUUGUGA